AAAGCCAGAAACAAAACGCAAAAGCAUCUUUGAGUUCACAGAAGGAAUGUUUAUGAGUGCAAAAUUCCAAAAAUUCUUCAGUAUAAUCGCCAUGAGAUUUCUGUGAAAUGUUCUUUGUAUAUGUACCCUCGUGUUCUUUUACUUGUUCCUCGUCCCUCUCUCUGCAUAAGGAAUUUGAGUUUCAAAUAUGGAAGCUGCCAAAAUGAGUAGAAACCUGUUCACCACAACUCUAGCUCAAAAUCAUAAGCCAAAAUGCUCGCGUACAAUUAUUGUUGCGGUGCUUGCAAGGCCGCCAACCGAUCAUCAUCUUCGUCAUCAAAAAAUUUAUAUAAAACCAGUUGAUGGGGUUGUGCGGAAGACGGUGUAUAAUGACAACUGGUUUGAGCAAAUGGCGAUUAAUUAUUUGUCUCGAUGUGUUCAAGAUGCAACAGGUAAAAGAAACGAGAAGGCCGGCUAUGAAAGCUUGGUGGAGGCAACUACAGCAGUUGCACGAAACUUCAAUCCUUCCCAGCAACUUGAGCUCGUUAAUCGAGCUCUUAAAAAAGCCAUCCCAAGUCCACUUCUCCAAUUGAUGCGAACGUUGUUCCCAGAAACAAAAUUCUCAAGAGAGUUUUUUGCCGUCUUCACCAGUCUGUUUUUCGCUUGGCUAGUAGGACCCUGCCAGGUGAAAGAAUCAGAGGUGAAUGGAAGAACAGAAAAGAAUGUAGUUCACAUUAAAAAGUGCAGGUUUCUAGAGCAGGCUAAUUGUGUAGGGAUGUGCACCAAUCUUUGCAAAAUGCCGACUCAAACGUUUAUCAAAGAAUCAUUUGGAAUGCCAGUCAACAUGGUUCCUAAUUUUGAUGAUAUGAGCUGUCAAAUGAUAUUUGGUCAGGAGCCUCCUGCAGCAUUCGAUGACCCUGCAUUCAAACAGCCCUGCUACAAAUUAUGCAAAGAAAAGCAAAAGCACAGUGUGAAGUGCUUCACUUAAUGCAGAAGAAGAUUGAACAAGAAGGAAGAGUUUGCUGGAGAAGGUUCUUUAUGAAUGCUUUUCUAUAUCAUUAACAUAAAAUUGUACAAAUUAUACCACUGUAAUACAAAUCAAUAAAGAAUUAUAAUUUUAU